AAAAGAAACGUAGUGAUCCUCCGUACUUCUUUUCACACACUUUCUGAUUUUAAUUUUUUCGGUUUGUUCGGUUUCCAAAAUUUCGUAGAAGACAAUGUCCACUGGUCGCCGUUUAGCCAAACGUUCAAUAAUCGGUACAAAAGUUUGUGCGCCAGGUCCGGAUGGUCUCUGGUAUUCGGGCGUUAUACAAGACGUCAAGACGCCACCUACUGCCACGGUCACUUCGUCGUCACUAUUGGCAACGAGUGAUUCUGCCGCAGCCAACAACAACGGUACAAAUCUUACCGCCGACACUAAAUAUAUAGUACGCUUCGAUUUUAAGACACAAACCAUGGAGCACAACUUGGACACAUCGCCCUCAUCGUCGUCCAAGUCGUCCGUUUUAUUGGAAGCACGUCGCACUGUAAGCGCACAUUACAUUAGUCCCGCGCAAGCUUUGCGUCGCAACGCCAUGAUUAAGGAGUUUCGCGAGUCGGACUUGAUCGGUCCGGGUUUUCGUUCCAUAUUGGGUAUACAAUUGCAGCCGGGCCAACGUGUUUUUCUCACCCACAACGGACGUGAGACCUCGGGCGAUGUCAUUUCUCAUGACGUGGAAAAGGACGAUGUUGUCGUAAAGAUCACCACAAUCGGAACUGAGGAACCUAUUGAGCUGAAAAAACGGUUGGAAGAGGUGCGUCUGCUCGAAUCGCGACGCUCUGCACGCUUGGCUGAUCAGGAACGCGACACAGAUUUCGCACGCCUAGCCGACAUGGGUGGCGAUCGCCGCCGCACAACAUCACACAGCAUCGAGGUGCCAAUGUCCUUAACGCCGCAGAAUAACUCACGUAAACGUCCACAGCCAUACACACACGACUGCUUCAGCGGACAGUGCGGCGACAAAGAGGAAAUGGAGGAGUGUCAAGCAGCGAUGAUUUUAAUGAAACUCUCCCAUUCGCCCAAAAAUGCAGAGAAAUGGUACGGUUCCAGUCCGGGCAGUUCGUCGUCAUCGGGCAGCUCGUGGAGUUCGGGCAGCUCAUCGCCGCCGCUCAGCGACGAUGGUCAUGCCGGCCUCAACACGAGCGCCAUGCUGAACGAUCCGAGCACACGCAUACGCACAACAUCAGUAUCCACCUCGGACGAGGGCAUCGUCGUAGACUUCAAGGAGGAGGCGCCACGCAAAAAGAGGGUAAGUCCCUUUGAAGUCAGUACAGAAGUUCAGCAAAUAGGAUCUCAAUUUAACACAAACAAAUCCAAAUUCAGAUGUACCUGGAAAGGCUGCAAACACAUAGAACACACACCGAAAAAGAUAGAGCGGCACAUACGUAAUGUUCAUUUAGGUAACAAAAAAGCACGUCGCUCUGCUGAUUAUGAUGAAUCAUGUAGCGAAAAUGACCAUGAGGAAGAGUUCUAUUAUACAGAAAUCGAAGAUGAAGAGGAUGAUUGUAAAACACCGAGCCCUACAUCGCCACCCACUCUAAGCCACCGUGAUAUGGCUCGCCCACCACACGAAGACCCAGAAUACCAAAGAAAAAUAGUGGGCAAUUUCAAGCAAGGACGUGUCAAUCAACAACAACAGUUGCAACAAAAUCAGGGUCAACAUAUAAAUAACGGCAAGACGGUAUUCCAUGGUGGCACUUAUUUUACUACCAACAACAGCCACACCAAUCAGCAAAUGCAGAGCAAUUGCGUGUCGACUUCACCUCUAAAUCAUCAAAACUAUUGGCAGUCGUCAUCAGUACCGGUAGUACAAUCAGCACAAACCGCCAUUACAUCGGUGACAUCUAACUCAAGUCAGCUACUUCAUCAAAAUCAACAACCACAGCCGCAGCAGCAGUCUCAAUUUGUUAAACACGCUCGAUCAUCGCCACGUCCGUCCCAGUCGACAGCGCCAUAUCCAUCUCCAACGUACCAUCACAAUUAUAGCAGCAGUCCGAAUAAUUGCAUCAGUAGUAACAGCCAUGGCAAUGUCAACAGUAAUUCAUGCAAUAACCAAAGCAGUUCCAUCACACCCAAUAAUAGUGGUGCCAGCAAUAUGCUACAACAGUUGUCCCACCAAAAUAUUACGGUGACGGCACAUCACACUGGUGCUCAUCACAAUCAGCCGCAACCACAGCAACAACUACCGGCUGUAACUAUUACGCCAAAUUAUACAAAUCAACAACCGCAACAACAGCAACAGCAGCAAAUACAACACAUGCAUGGUCACCAACAGUCGACGCAAUCCAGCGCAGCUGGAACUAUUGUGACAAUCUCCACAGCACAAGUUCACCAACAAUCGCAACAACAGCAACAGACAUCUCAUCAUCAUCAUCAACAACAACAACAUUCACAACAUACAACCGUUGCCACGACAACCAAACACACACCGAACUCACCAAAUAGACGCACACGAGGCGAGAACAAGAAAUGUCGCAAAGUAUAUGGCAUGGAACGCCGUGAACUAUGGUGCACUCAAUGCAGGUGGAAGAAAGCAUGUACCCGAUUCGGUGACUGAAAAAGGGUCAAAACGUCGGCGGCGGCGGCGGAAACGACGACGACGGCGACCGCUGUAACGGCAGCGAAAAUGAUUUCGACGAGGACCACAACGACAGAACUGGCAGCAGGGGCGAAAUCGAAAUCACAAUUGCAUACAAUUGACACUGGCAAUACAGUCACGGUAACGCCAACUUAUGCGAAGUACAAGCGAACAAGCAACAAUUACAAUAACAAUAAUAUUGGCCAUAACAGCAACAAACACAAAUAUUUGGCAGCUUCCGCACCAGCAACUGCCGUGGCUACCUCCGUCAUUGUGAAGCCACCAAAUAACUUAAGAAAAAUCAUUGCUAGCAAUAAUAACCACCAGAACACUGCCAAUGGCAGCAACAUAGACCAUACGCCGAUGACUAGCAAACAUAAUAACUAUGGUACAAACACGGACGCUGAUGCACAUCUACAACAGCAACAAAUCCAAGUUGUUACAACUGCCAAUAA